GAGCGGAAAUCGCCAUGACGUAUGCGGAGUACGUGCAUGGAUGGCUGAGUUAUGCAGCGCUUGUGAUUCAUUUCGUCGUGGAGAAGAUAUGGACUACGGUUGGCGUGCCGACACCGUCGUCAGCGUUGGCUCCUGCGGGGGACGACGACAAGGAUGCGUCCCACCUACUCCUUGGAGGAGGAGCGUACUCCCGCUCGUCGUCGUCCACAUUAACUCCGGAAUCAUCAGAGAAUGAUAGUACCAUUGUGAUAAUCCACCAUGGAAGUGUGGCCCAAUUCUGCGGUGUCCCUGAAGUCGACGAGAUUGUUCAACAUGCGACGUUGGAAGAGUUCUGCACCCCACCACCACAGAACAACCAAGAACUACUCGAGUACAUUGACGGAUACGUGGGAUGGCUCACAUCACCGCGACAAGACAUGAAGCAGACGCAGUCCCGACGCGUCAGUUCUGUCAAGAAUGCCAAAGAGUUCAUGCAGUGGCUGAACAGUGAGCCCGAAGAGGAAAAAGACGACCAGUUCGAGAAGUCGUCAAAAACUCAAGUCCUCGGAGCGAGCGACAACCAGGAAGAACCUGAAGUCGACGGUCAUGAGGCAUUGAAGAAUGGAUUUGACGCGACAACGGCGCCGUGGUCUACGGAGAUGUACAGCGUCGCCUAAGCUACGACGUGCAUACAUAAAUCCAUCUUCGUGCAUUCGAUGAUGACUUGAACGAGCACCUUCAAGUACAACCUAGUCACACGCCCACACAACGCGUUCGUCGCAGCUCAAGCCCAGUUCACUCCACACGGACCAUGGAAUGUGCGUCGUUUGCUAAGGUUGUGUCCUCAGCUCUGUGGACCGCAUUCGCGAUCGUCACGCUUGCCGCUACUGGCCCACUUGCGAUGCCGCCAUCUAGUUGACCUGUGCAAAAAA